CCUUGCGGCACUUUUGAGCCUCUACAGAAGACUUUCUCUUGCUCUGUCCCCUCUUCUCUCUUUCUAUUUUUCUCUGUCCCCUCUUCUCUCUUGCUGUUUUUCUCUUCACCCCUUCUCUCCGAGUCGCUUCGCCUCUUCUCCUGAUCCCGCUCAGGUACCUCUAGCCCUGACUGUAUAUGUAUUCUCGAUUAGAUUGAGAAUCGCAUGUAGUGUCAGCCACCCAUCACCCUACAUCCAGUCCUGAGACCUUUCGCGCCGAAAAAAAAAUAAUCCCGGCUUUCCCCAUCUUCUUCACAUCCCUCCCCCACCACAAUCUAACGACAACCACCGACUUCCUCGAUCACAUCCAGAAUCAACAGCAAUGCGGAGUGCCAAAAUCUUUUCCGGAUCCUCGCAUCCUGGCCUCUGUGAUUCGAUCUGCGAACGUCUCGGAACGACGCCCGCGAAAUGUCGGCUGAAGAAGUUCGCAAACGGAGAGACCAGUGUGGAGGUCGGAUGCUCGGUUCGUGACCAGGACGUUUUCAUUGUUCAGAGUGGAAGCGGAAGUGUCAACGACAGCAUCAUUGAACUGUUGAUCUUGAUUUCGGCCUGCAAGGGAGGGUCUGCAAACAAGAUCACCGCCGUCAUGCCGUACUUCCCAUAUUCUAAGCAGUCGAAGAGGAAGUCCCACCGAGGUGCUAUCACCGCAAGGAUGGUCGCGAACCUUCUCCACAUCGCGGGUGUUGACCACGUCGUUACCGUCGACCUACACGCUUCGCAGAUGCAGGGCUUCUUCACGAACCCGGUCGACAACCUCUACGCCGAGCCUCUGCUUGCACGCUGGAUUCGUUACAACAUUCCCGACUGGCGCAAUUGCGUGGUGGUCUCGAAGAACCCUGGUGGAACUAAGAGGGUCACGUCGCUUGCCGACGUGCUCAAACUUAAUUUCGCCCUCAUCACUACCGAUCGUCGUCGCAACCACGAUGGUUGGAUGAGCUCGCGCGUGCAGUCGAAUCGCCAUUCGCCCGCCGAGAGUGAACAUGGAGAAGAGGAGAGAACGACACCGGGCCCUACCAAUGGUCUCCACAUCAAUGGUAUCACUAACGGUGUCAACGGCUUGGGAAUCAUCGACAGCGCACCAUCCCCAUCCAUGCGGCCUUCCGACUCCAUGUCCAACAGCAUGAUCCUUCCGCCUCAUCCCCAGGAUGACUUUGACGACGAGUACACAGACGAUCAGGCGCAAUCCGUCACAUAUGGUCGUCUGGUGCAGGGCCACAUCGUCGACGACGAUUACCCUUCUCCGUCGCCAGCGCAGUCUGCUGUUGCCGACAUGGAUCCUAUGUUGGCUUCCAUCCACUCUCUGCGAUCCCUCCACAACCCAGCAGAUGACGCCUUGGGCGGCACCAUCGACGCUCAUAACUCGGACGACGACGAGGAAGAGGCUGAUGCUGUUUCGGGAACCGAGCGGAUGAUCACCCUCGUCGGAGAUGUUAAGAACAAGACUGUCCUUCUUCUCGACGACAUGAUCGAUCGAUCCGCAACCUGGAUCGCCGCCGCGGAGCACUGCAAGAAGAGGGCAGACGCCAAGAAGGUGAUCUGUCUGGCCACCCACGGUGUUUUCGGCGGUGACUGCUUGAAAGAGAUGGAGGAGUGCGAGUACAUCGACCAGGUCGUCGUCACCAACAGCUUCCCCAUCGACGCAGCUAAGCUGCCCGGAGGAAAGACGGAUGGCCUCGCGCCGAGUGGUGCUGGUACUAGGGGAAAGUUGACUGUCAUUGAUUUGAGCAUGCUUUUGGGUGAAGCUAUUAGGAGGAACCAUAAUGGAGAGAGUGUUUCAGCGUUGUUUCAAAAUUUCAUCGAUUGAGAGAGCAGAAGAUUUCUGAAUGUUGUGCUAUUGUUUGGUUGAAUUGCGUGGGUUGGUACAGAGUGGAGUUUGGCGCCAUGUGGGUUGGUAUUCCCAAAAAAGAUGACAUAAUAAUGUUCUUUCUUUUCCCUUCCCUUUCUUCUUACCUUUCCUCUCUUUCCAUAUCGACGACGGUGAUGAGUGAUCGCUUGCAGCCCUCAGAAUGUCCAUGCCAUUCUGUUCCAGAUUUCAUCUAUAUAUAUACCAGGAACCACGGG